UCGGAUCCUGAUCUAUCACGUUCAACAAGCUCAUCUACCAACCCAGCAAACUAAAACCGCACUUCCCAAGCAAACAAUUCCCGGACAAGACAUUGCUCAAAUGGCGUCCCAGCUGGUCGAGAGCCACCGCGCCGGCGCCGAGGUCCUCAGGGAGCACGAUGUCUGCAAGAAGAAGACCGUCGAGCUUCUCGAAGACCUCGGCCUCCCGAAAGGCAUCUUUCCUAUGGACGACAUGGAGGAGGUCGGGUACAACCAUCAGAGUGGGUUCGUAUGGAUACUUCAGAAGAAGAAGAAAGAGCACACAUUCAAGAAGAUCAACCAGACCGUCUCCUACGACACCGAGGUGACUGCUUUUGUGGAGAAGGGCAAGAUCAAGAAGGUCACUGGGGUCAAGAUCGAGGUGUCUUUGGUUGAGGUCCAUGUGGAUGAGUCUUCUGCUGAUAAGGUUACCAUCAAGACUGACACCGGUCUGUCUGACACCCAUGAUGCGGCCGUGUUCGCUCUUGGAGAAUAG